AUGUCGGCCAGCAUGGAACGCAGGGCCGAGGACAAGACGAAGUCGAAGCACAAGAAGGAGAAGAAGGCCAAGCGCGAGUCGCUCGCCGCCGCCGACGACGCCACCGAGAGCGGCACCAACACCCCCACGCCCCUUGCCACCGAGGCUGCUGCCGCCGCCGCUCUGGGCGACAAGCAGAGCAAGAAGGACAAGAAGAAGGCCAAGAAGCGCGCCGCCGAGGAGCAGUCCGGAGACACCGAGGCGGCCCCCGCUGCGGCAGAGGAGGGAGGUGCCUCUGAGCCUUCGGCAAAGAAGGCCAAGGUCGACGGCGGUGACAACGACGACAAGGAGGCAAAGAAGAAGCGGAAGGAGGAGAAGAAGGCCAAGAAGGCCGCCGCUGCGGCUGCUCCGGCGGCUGCUCCGGCUGCCAAUGGCGGGCCGAGCGCAGCGGCCAGCUUUGCGCCCACCGACCCGGCCGCUGCGCGUGCCUUCAUGGAGAAGAAUGCCAUCACGCUCGAGGCGCCCGAGGAGUCGGACGAGAGGCCGCCGCUGCCCAUGAUCCACUUCAACGAGCUCGCCGGCAAGGUCGACGAGGCGGUGAGGAAGACGCUCGACGCCCAGGGCUUCACCAGCCCGACGCCGAUCCAGGCGUGCUGCUGGCCCGUGCUGCUGCAGAACAAGGACGUCGUCGGCGUCGCAGAGACGGGUUCCGGCAAGACGUUUGCCUUUGGCCUGCCCGCGCUCCAGCACCUGGUGACGCGCCACAAUGUGCUCAAGGACGCCGGCAAAAAGUCCAAGAAGGCCGGCGCCAACAUCAACGUGCUCGUCGUUGCCCCGACGCGCGAGCUGGCCAUCCAGACCGAGGAGAACCUGGCCAAGCUGGGCAAGUCGAUGGGCGUCGGCUCCAUCUGCCUGUACGGCGGCGUGUCCAAGUCGGCGCAGCUCGACUCGCUGCGCCAGUCGCCGCCGAUCCGCAUCGUCGUCGGCACGCCCGGACGGGUGCUCGACCUGGCGCGCGACGGCGGCAUCGACCUGAGCAACGUCACCUACCUCGUCCUCGACGAGGCGGACCGGAUGCUCGACAAGGGCUUUGAGCCCGACAUCCGCGCCAUCAUUGGCAUGUGCCAGUCGCGCGAGGCGGGCCGGCACACGAGCAUGUUUAGCGCCACCUGGCCUCCGGCGGUGCGCGGGCUGGCCGAGACGUUUAUGAACGCGCCCAUCCGCGUCACGGUGGGCAGCGACGAGCUGAGCGCCAACAAGCGGGUCGAGCAGACGGUCGAGGUGCUCGACGACGGGCGCGCAAAGGAGCGGCGGCUGGACCAGUUCCUGCGCAGCAUCGGCGCCGGGCGGGGCGGCAAGAAUGCCAAGGACAAGAUCCUCAUCUUUGCGCUGUACAAGAAGGAGGCGCAGCGGGUGGAGAACACGCUGCGGAGGUCCGGGUACGCCGUGUCGGGCAUCCACGGCGACCUGGGGCAGCACGACCGGAUCGCCAACCUGGAAAAGUUCAAGACGGCCGAGACGCCGCUGCUGGUGGCGACCGACGUGGCGGCGCGCGGCCUCGACAUCCCCAACGUCGAGUACGUCGUCAACCUGACGUUCCCGCUGACGAUUGAGGACUACGUGCACCGCAUCGGGCGGACGGGCCGCGGUGGCAAGACGGGCAAGUCGCUCACCUUUUUCACCGACGAGGACAAGCCGCACGCGGGCGAGCUGAUCCGCGUGCUCAAGGACGCCGGGCAGGCGGUGCCCGAGGCGCUGACGCGCUUCCCGACGACGAUCAAGAAGAAGACGCACUCGAGCUACGGCGACCACUUCAAGGAGCUCGUGCCGGGCAAGGCCAAGAAGAUUACCUUUGACGACUGA